AUGGAGACCAACCUACCUGAAAAGUCUAACAAUUUUGGCCACAAAGAGGGAACAGACGCAAAACCAGCAUCUGAUACGGAGUCAUUGGGAGAGAAGAUCAAUGAGGAAGAUGAAGCAAAGGGGAAGAAGAUUGAAGAGGAACAUACUCACUCUGAGGCUGUUUCGGAUCCUCAUUGCGACCUCCAUGAGGUUUUUGAGGCUGUUGAUGAGUUUCUCUCGACUCUUAGCGAUAAGAAAGAUGACGACAAGGAAAAUGACACAGUUUCGGUGGAUAUCCCUCACGAGUUGCUCGAGAAGUUCUUAGAUCUCGUUGAAGCAAAGGUCUCAAAGCCUGAGGUGGAAUCCUCCUUUCUCGUAGUUGUGCAUCGGGUAUCAAAGCUAACAAAAUGUCUCCGUGAGUUGAAACCGGAUGAGUCUCGUCGUUCUUUGCUGAUCAAUCGCAUGGAAGGUAUUCACGAGAGAGCGAUAUCGUUUUUGGAGGAGGAAUUCCAGUUGCUUCUAGAAGAUUCUAGGAUCAUCGACGACUCCAAUGUGAAAGGGAAGCAAGAUCAGCAGGUACAAGUAGAUUUAUUCGAAUCCACCGGGCAUCACGAGACCGAUUUUCCGGGAUACCCCGACGAGGUCGUAGCAAGCUUGAACAAGGUAGCGAAGGAGAUGAUAUCUGGUGGAUACGAAUCCGAGUGCUGCCAAGUCUAUGCAGUUGCGAGAAGUAACGCGUUCGAAGAGAGCUUGCAAAAGUUAGGGUUCGAGAACCACAGCAUCGACGACGUCCACAAAAUGCAAUGGGAGGCAUUGGAGCGAGAGAUCGCCACGUGGAUCGAGGCCUUCAAACAAUGCACCACGGUGUCCUUCUCCGGCGAGAAGGCCCUCGCCGAUUUGGUCUUCUCAGACCAUCCCUCGCUCGCUAGUGGCCUAUUUAGUAACAUCACUCGCGGCGUCCUCAUACAGCUCCUAAACUUCGCCGAGGCUGUCGCGAUGACGAAGCAGCGCUCUGCCGAGAAGCUUUUCAAGUUCCUAGACAUGUACGAGACCUUACGUGACGCUGUCCCUGCCAUGGAGGGUUUGUUCGAGAAUGAGUGGGAAAACGAGCUCAAGACAGAGACGACCACGGCUCGGUACCGGCUUGGCGAGGCAGCGAUACUCAUGUUUGCCGAUCUCGAGAACUCGAUCAAGGCCGAUACGGGGAAAACCCCAGUACCGGGCGGUGCGGUGCACCCCUUAACUCGGUACACAAUGAACUACCUAAAGUACGCAUGCGAGUACAAGGGCACCUUGGAGCAAGUCUUCAGGGAGCAGUAUAGGUUCGAACGAGCCGACUCAAUGAGCAGGCCAUCGCAUGACAUAACACAGAGUUUCGACGAUCAGAAUGAAAGCGAAAGCCAUACACCAUUUUCGUUGCAGUUGAUGAGAGUGAUGGAAUUGCUGGACUCCAGUCUGGAAACGAAGGCAAAAUUGUACAAGGACGUGGGGUUGAGCAACAUCUUCAUGAUGAACAAUGGGCGGUACAUCUUACAGAAGACCAAAGGGCCCACGGAGAUCCACGACCUGAUGGGCGACACGUGGUCCCGCAAGCGAUCGUCGAAUUUAAGGCAAUACCACAAGAACUACCAGAGGGAGACAUGGAGUAAGCUUUUAGGGUGUCUAAGCCACGAGGGGUUGAACGUGAAUGGGAAGGUGGUCAGGCCGGUGCUGAAGGAGCGGUUCAAGAGCUUCAACCAGAUGUUCGACGAGAUCCACAAGACACAGAGCACGUGGGUGGUGAGCGACGAGCAGCUUCAGUCGGAGCUAAGGGUCUCGAUAUCGGCGGUGGUGAUACCGGCGUACCGGUCGUUCUUGGGGAGGUUCUCGCAAUACUUGCACGAUGGGAGACAAACAGAGAAGUAUGUGAAGUAUCAGCCUGAAGACAUAGAGACCUCCAUUGAUAAUCUAUUUGAUGGGAACCCCACGCCCAGGAGGAGACCAUAG